AUGUACAAUAAUAAUAAUAAUAAGGCUCGUGCCUCGUCACCUUCGCCAUCACUCUCUCCGGUACCUGCUAUUUCUUCCUGUCCGUCGCCCGACCGGACCUUCUCGACUCUAUCCUCCUUGUCCAGCUUUUCCGCCAACUCCGGAGAUGCCAGGUCAUCCAUCAUCUCAACCAUCUCGACGGCCUCAGGCCGGAGACGAGGCUACAUCCGGCCCCAGGGCGCUGAGUUCUCAGAGUCUGCGAUUCGCAGAGAGAGCGUCAUGAGUCUAGGGAGUAUCGCCCAUCUACAGUACUACUUUGCCCGGACGGGGCUACUCGACGGGAAGGGAGCUCAGAUGGCCAAGGAGUGGAAGAAAAAGAAGGAUGCGAAGGACAUACCCAAGCUGCUGCUGACAUCACAGCCCGACUACGGCGAGGAAAUGGUGGAUAGCCCGAUGGACGAGUUGAUAGAACCGACAGAGGGGUACGAUGAGCAUGACGAUAUAAUGCUGCCUCCCACGGUGAGCACAUAUAGCGUGAAAACGUACCAUACGCCACCACCGCCCGAUCUCAUGGCCCUCCGGAAAGAUCUGGUGGAUGCGCUGGAACAAGUCGAAAAGAGCAUCGAAAACAUGGAGAACAACACAUCCUCUCCCCGGCCACAGAGGACCAGAGACAGCUUGACUCCAGACCCCGAGGGGAAGACUUCAGAGCCUACCACGCCCCAGGGAUGGCGCGGGGUCCAAGGAAUGAGCAUCUUGGACGUGGUUACGCUGGCCAUUCGCGCGGCGAGGAUAUAUUACACUGCCCAUGAACGCCCAGAGCGUCUUGCCGCCAUCAAGAGUGAAAAGCAUAUCCGAGAGGAACUUCUGGGCGUUCUCGAUGUUAUGAAGCGGUUUGCUUCGCGUAACUUUGCCAAGGGCUUGAAGGACGACGAAAAAUUAACUAUCCUAAGCUGGAUGGCCGGCGUCUGCUCUAUGCUCGAUGAGGAGCGCAGAUUGGAGAAACUCGAAGCGGAAGAGCGCGCGAACUGGAUCUGGGUCCGGGGAGACUGGACAGGAAGGGAGCGUGAACGCGAAGAGUCAUUCCUGCGAUCUCUAGCUAAUCCGGAGCCACCGCUGCCGCAGUGGCACCCAGCACAAGAAGGAUCAUUACCCAGCGCGAUGCUUGAGCGUCUACGUGAUGGGCGUGAUCUCAUUCAGAUGCACAACCAGGCUGUGAAGAAGUCCAAGCGGCCAUUCGGCCAGAUCAAGAGCUUCCACGAGGAUAUCGGCAAGCCGUACCGCCGCGCGGAGAAUCUACGAUAUUGGAUCAAAGCCGCAGAGAUCCGGUGGGAGAUCAAGCUGGAGAUGGAUGUCUUGGGCGUGGUCUACGGCUCGAGUGACGAGGCGUGGAAACAGUUCGACGCGGCAAUCUUAGCCUGGUGCAAGGGAGUGCGCGAGGAGCUGAUGCGAGAUUGGAAUGACGAGGCCAAAGCCUCCACGGAGGCACUGCCAUCGCCGCAAACGGAGGACACAGACACCUCAGCGACCGUACUCAUGUCCGCGAUCAUUCCUGCUGUGACGACAUCCUCGAGUACCGCCCCAGAGUCGUUGACCGACCCAGCAUCGCCGUCGGACUCGCAUUCCUCGGCCGCGGCGCCGCCUGUAUCCCCGUCUAGCACCUCCUUUCCCCAGAGGAUCAAGUCUAAGGCAUCGUUUCGCAGCCUGAGAAGCCAGCCUGACGAUCAAGAGAAACACGUCGAUGACAAGAGUCUGCCGCCACCUCCGCGUCCAUCCUUCCUCCGUCGCCUAUCGCCUGGCCUUGCUGCCCGAGUGAAGCUGUUAGACGGCUCGACGAAAACGGCCCAGGAGCUCAACCGUAGCAAGAACCAGGUCGGCAAGCUUUCCCAAGAGCAUCUCCGCGAGCUCGAAAAGGCUCAUCAGGAUCUAUCUAUCAGAAUACAAAGGCGUGGCCGCGCGUGGAGUGGUGGACAUGAACUGUCAGAUGUGAAGAGAGGAACAAGCCAACACAGUCAGCCAGAACCGCGGGGGAGAACCUGGCAACAAGAUCAGGACGCGCAGCUCAGCCCAAUCCCAUCGCCAGCCGACGCGGUUAUCGAAAUUACUACAGACACGACGGACCAGGCUACGCCAGACGCGACGCCCGCCGUGGCUGCUGAGCCAGCCUCGGACGGUCCCUUCGCUGAAAACAUCCGGACAAACUGGGAGGACAACGAUACGGCAGCAGAGGCAGACAUGUCCGUCGCUGAACCGGCGCAGGCGCCCCAGACCCCAUCCGCAGAGCCUGGAGAAACUGAGGUUUCUUUUGGAGAGACUGAUCUCGAGAAGUAUCUCAAGAGCAACUCACCCCGGACUCCUUCGACCCCGUCGUCCUCCUCGACUGCGCAAUCUUACUUCAACUCCCACGGCCUACAUCGCACGGAGUCGAUAUACUCGUUCUCCCGCGCGUCUUUCAGCAGCCAGCUGUCUCAGCUGACGUCGAUCAAUCUGCCGGAGCCGUCAUCGUUGGAAGGGAGAAUCUUCUCGAUACCCGAUGCCUCUGCUGCUGUCAGAGCGCUCAAUGGGGCUGCUCAACAGAUAUCGACCUGGAUCAACAAGGCAUCAGAUGUCCUGUCAGGGUUAGACGCGGAGGACGAUGUCGAGUGGGCUGCUGCUGGCGGACGCGAGGGUCUUGACGACGUCGAUCGAGCGAUCACGAAAUUCGAAGGACUGGUCGAUGUGUAUGUUACGGCGAUAGAACAAGUACAAUUACGAGAUGACAUUAAGACCGUCACUGGCGAUGUGCUGAAGACUAUCGUGGCGCAGAUGGAGCAUAUCCUGGGGAAGUGGUCACGCAUUCGAUCUCAUCUAAAAGGAGUCAAGGAGCAGGUCGAGUUGGCUAUGGAAUGGGAAGAACUAUGGGGCGUUGUCCUGGGAGAUGUCGGCCUUGAAGUCGAAGACCUCGGUCGGGUGAUUUUCGAGCUCGAGGAGAAGAGACAUCUGUCCAUGUUCGAAGACGAUGAAGAGGCUGAGGACAACAACGGGGUGGACAUCAGUGAACUCGAGACUAUUAUCGAGGAGACUCCUCCAACGACAAGCACCCCGAAUAAGAGAUUCAGUCUGGCUCAGAACUAUUCAACGCCUUCCUCCCAACCCCCAGCGCGUACGACUGGUCCGGAUGAUUCUGCCUUGCUGGGUUUAUUCGCCCGCUUGCAGCCGUUGAGAGCGUCCCUGGACUUCCUGCCAAUGCGGCUUUCCAUGUUCCAAUCGCGAGCAGAGAAGAUCUUCCCUUCUGCCUGCCGAGAUCUUGAAAAACUCGAAAACGAUGCUGAGGUUCUGCGCAAGGAACUAGAUGAAGACCGAUGGGUCCUAGUUUUCCGAAACGCUGGCCGACAAGCACGGACAAUGUGUGAAUCGGCGCUGGAUACAGGUGCUCAGUUCAACAACCACGCUACGCUGGCGAAGCGGAUAGAGAGUUUUGAGGCCAAGAAGAUCCACUACGGACCAGCAAUUGAAAGGGUAAUUUCUAUCAUCGAGAAGGGUAUCUUGAGGUUGCUUCAUGAAAUGAGAUCCCGCGUGGACGCCCUGAACGCCAGUAUCAAGGUCAUGGACGGUUUGCUAGACGACAUUGACUUCAGCAAAACCCAGCAGCUGCGAGACUCGAUAUCAAGCAUCAUUACUAUGGACAGCCCUGCCACUGGCAGCGUCGUUGACACACCUGGGAGCUCCCCUGCAUCUUCCGUUGUGCUCUCGAAUGGCAACGGUCGCAAGGGCAGCUCAACACCAAACAUCGGUAACUCCAGCAGACGCGGCAGCUCAGUUGCAAGCACAAACAGGAAGCGCUACUCGGGCAUUCCGCAGGCAGCAUCAACUCUCUCUGCAGGACGCAGAUCGUCUAUUCCUCGAGCUUCCUUCUCAGGCUCUCUCACCUCGCCAACCCGCAGCCAGACGAGCACCUCCUCAUUCACUCCGAGACCGGCCUCGCACAACCGACCGCGUUGGAACAGCAGUACGAAUACAAACGACCUCAAAAACCGCAAUUCCAGCCGUGAAGCGUCUAGAUCUCCAGCCCCUCCAGCAUCUCCGACUCCGAACCGCGUUAACUCUCCCACGUUCUCUCGCUCAAUUCUCGAUCCCCCGCCAUACAGCAAACUCCGAAAGCAGUCUGCGCCAGGUUUGCCGACUGGUCCGAGAAAUAGGCAGAGCUAUGCUGGGAUAUCUAUCACGAGGUCAUCACCUGUCGAGGAUCGGGCCAAGACGCAACGGCCUGAAACUUCGCUGGGUCAUAGCAGACGACUCAGCGGGAUUCCACUUCCCAAAUUCCGCUCUGGGAGAGAGAGCGCCGCUAGUGCUCGCAACAAACUUACCGAAAGACCCCCAUGGAGAUAA